UGCCCGCGGCGGUGCCGGUAUCGGUAGCUGAGUCGUCCCCGGAGGCUCCGCCGCCGGCUCCUGCUGCCCGCAGCCUGCGCUCAGGCAUGGUGUCCGCCGCCCUCGCCUUGGCCUUCCUCCCCUUCCUCCUCACCCUCCUGCUGCGCUACCGCCACCACCUGCUGCUGCUGCUGUGGGGGGUGGCGCUGGGCUGGCUGCGGGACCGCCUGAGCCGGGUGCCCCGGGAGCAGCGGGCAUUCCAGUUCCUGCUGGCACACGCCGUGCCCGGCGACCCCCGCCACAUCCUGCGCACCUUCGACCUCUGGUGCCAGCGCCGGGAGCACCUCAGCUGCGUGGGGCCGGUCAAGGGUCGCAUCGUGGAGAGGCUGCUGGCAGAGAGGGCGCCGCUGAGGCUGCUGGAGCUGGGCACCUACUGCGGCUAUGCCACCGUGCUGCUGGCACAGGGCAUGCCCCCCGGUGCCAGGCUCUACAGCGUGGAGCUGAACCCCCAGCACGCGGCCGUGGCAGAGAAGGUCCUGAGGCUGGCUGGCAUCGACGAGCAGAGGGUGGAGCUGCUGGUGGGGCCCUCGGAGGAGGUGAUCCCCAAGCUGAGGCAGAGGCAGGGCCUGCAGCAGCUGGACUUCGUCUUCAUGGACCACUGGAAGAGCUGCUACCUGCGGGACCUGCAGCUGCUGGAGAGCCUCCAGAUGCUGGCCCCGGGGGCCACCAUCCUGGCCGACAACGUCCUCUUCCCCGGGGCCCCUCACUUCCUGCAGUACGCCAAGAGCUGCGGCAGGUACCGCUGCAGGGUGCACAGGGCCAGCCUCGAGUACUUCGAUGCCAUCCCCGACGGCAUCGCAGAGCUCUGCUACCUUGGCGCCCCCUGA